UGUCAUUGCAGUCAAUUGUAUCAAUUCUUCUGCGUUGUUUAUUUGUUUCUGAUUGUUCUGUUCAAGAUGUUGCGCUGGUAUCAGACGAAAUUGGCCAAGCAGCCCAUCCUCACAGCCAGUUUGACCAGCGCUGUAUGCCUCCCCUCCCUUACCUUCCAUUCCAUCUUUCUCUUCUCCUAUCCUCCGAUCAACUCGAAUAUGGUCCGCACGACAAUUGAUCUAACUCGAGUGUGAGUCAGGUGCUGUUCGGAAGCGGGGAUGUUCUGGCCCAGCAGUUAGUCGAUCGCAAAGGGUUCGAUAAGCACGACGUGGCGAGGACGGGGCGCAUGGUUCUUUACGGAGGAGCGGUCUUUGGUCCGGCUGCCACGGUCUGGUACGGAAUUCUCCAGCGUCGCGUCGUCCUUCAGAACGCCAAGGCCACCCUCCUCGCCCGUGUCGUCGCAGAUCAAUGCCUGUUCACCCCGGUCCAUCUGACGUGUUUCUUGUCCUCCAUGGCGAUCAUGGAGGGCAAAGAUCCCAUGGAGAAAUUGCGCAGCAGCUUCAUUCCUAGCUACAAGGCCAACCUCACAAUCUGGCCUGCGGUCCAAGGUGUCAACUUUGCUAUGGUACCGCUGGAAUACCGGGUGCUUGUGGUCAAUCUAGUCAGCUUGGGCUGGAACUGCCUGUUGAGUUUGAUCAACAGUGGCGGGAAGUAAUCGAGUUAGUCUCUGUAUAUGCGAGGAUCAUGGUCAUAUAUACCCAUCGGUUGUGAACUCUUGCAUUUCUCUCGACUUUCUAUAGAUGCUCACCGGGGUCAUAGACGUCCCCCGGGCUAUAGAUACUUGCUUCUCUGCUUGAAACUUUCUUUUAUCUUUUUAUACCUACAUUUGGGGCGUGUUAUUUGGAAGCAUUCUUGAAUUAAAAGUGCGAGUUUGGGUUAAUUGGCGGGGGUUUCGGAGGGGUUGAUAUUUUGCUUCGGAUUGGCCUUUGUUUGUACCUAGCGUUGACAAUUGGACAAUAUGCUUGGAUCAAAAUAUUCCUCCACCGUGAAGU